ACUAUUUGUCACAUGAUGAGGAGGAAGUAGAAUAUGCAGUAAAUAAUAGAUUUGCAAACGGAUGCGAUACCUGAAAAGGGUUUAGUGGUUGCGUCGGUUGAGCUCCUCCGAUGUAAAAUUUUUGAAACAGUUUCUUAAACGGAAGCGGUAAAUUUUACAUUUACAUUUCCGGUUAUCGGUCCAAAGCGAACCAGUACUAGGAGGUCCAGUUCCUCAGUGUUGUUGUUCUCAUAGUUGUCAAACUGAAAUGAAAGAGGACGUUUCCUUGCGUUUAGACCAAUGUCUUUUACGCUUUAUGGACCAACUGGAGUUACUUGAAGAGAAAAGAGAGAAGCUUAACUCGCUCAUAGAACAGGGAUGGUUUUGUAUCUCCAAAGCAAGAUAUGCCAUGGGGAAUAAGCAGGUCUCAGCUCUGCAGUACAGUAACGAGAUUGUGCCACAAGUCUGCGUACAUGUCAGAAGGGUGUCCAACGGGGAGAUGGAGUUUGGUACAGAAAGGAUGGACCGCGGGCCCUCUGAAGACACCACAAACACACCCAGACAAGUGGAGGAAGUUGGCCCAGUGGAUGAAGGUGUGAGGAGAAGAAAGACCACUACAGCAAAAGACUCUAAAGCACAGUCAAACGCUUCAGUAAAACCUGUGGCAGAAGAGGAGGCAAGUGUGAACAAAGGAUCACCAGGGCACCAGGAUCCCCUGAAGUGGUUUGGCAUCCUAGUGCCACAAAGUCUCAAACAGGCCCAGUCUGCUUUCAGUCAAGUGAUCGAGCUGUCAGCGGAGGUAGCUGCACUGCAGACUGCAGUCCUUGUCACUAGAAAGGAGCUCCAGACUCUGAUGGAGGAGAAGCACAAAGCUGCCCAGGGAAAGGAAAAAGGAAAAGGAAGCUAACUGUCAUCUAGUGACCAAACCAGACAUGGACAGAUCUCUCACCCAUUUUCCUAGCUCACAAUAUUUUAAUUUUGUUGGGUCCUUCCCAUAGUUCAAAUAUUGAAAUGAUGGAAAAGUCAUCAAUAAUUGUAAAUUGUGCAUUCAUACUAAAGGAUAAAACUUUAGUGUCCUAAAAUAAAUUAUGAUGUAGUUAAUCCUUUAUAAGGUAUCACCUCUUAAAUGGUUCUAUUUAAAGCAUAAAGCCUUCACAGGCUAUAAAAUUAAUAAGAAACAAGUUGGGAUAACUCAAAUUAAUAAAAUGUCUUACUGAUACACAAUAUCAAAGUUUCAUUAGAUGUUCUUAUUGAGUCUUCAUUUUGAUUAAAUUAAGCUAUCCAGCUCAAACAGCAGACUAGAGUUAAAAAUAUAAUGAAUCUGUUAGUGCUCCAUAUUUUGCAGCUCUGCUACAUAUUAGUUUAGUGACACUUUUCUCCAGUGCAACUUACAGUGUUGGAUUUGUUUAGUACUUAAAGCUACCUACCUAUUUGUACAGCUUGGUAAUUUGUAGCAAUUUAAGUGAAGUACCUUGGUCAAGUGUACUACAGCAGAACAUGAUAACCUGGUGCUUUUGAUUGCAAUGUGACAGGGCUAAAUUAUAUAUAUAUAU